CUUGGUGAAAACACUUUAAUAUGCCAAGUUCAUACGAAUCAAGUAUCCAACAGUGAUCACAUGUUUAAUGAUGAUUUGAUAUUUGCCACACGCGGUGUGCAUAUAUAUGGCAUUCAUUUUGCAAAAUUAUUCAAAAAUCAACAUGAAGAAUAAAACAAGUAACGAAUUAUUUGUCUUGAAUUUUGUUCAACGAGUUUCCGCUCCUCAAACCCACGCAAAACGUCUGGCAACCUUACGAAAAAUGAUGCAAAACUGUCCGAAUGAUUUGACAAUGAUUCAGUGGAUGCAAUUAUGGAGAGGAUUUUACUACAUCGUUUGGUAUGAAGAAAUGCGAAAAGGUGGCGAAGAAUUGAUUAUCGAAAUGGGAUCCUCGGACAACGGAUCAUUCCUUAUGUCGGGCUUCAAAGCAUUAGCUGAAUCCUGGAACAGUAUCGAUGCAUUUCGCAUUGAUAAAUAUAUGUUUCUCAUUCGUAUCAUGCUCAGAAAUUGUUUGCAAAAACAAAUACAAACUGUCCACAACAACAAUGAACAACAAAAAUUGUUUGAACAUGAAAUUUUCCUAAAAAAUUAUCGUCAAAGUAUCGUGAACCAACAUCGAACAUUUGAAAUUAAAGCCGAUGUCAUUGACUAUAUCAUAUCGGUGACAUCACAAUCCAUUGGUCUGUUUCUUCAUAUUUGUGACAUUUAUCUUGAAGAACUAAAAUUGAUCGUAGAUGAAAAAAUCGAUGAAGCUGCUAGGCCCCAAAUCUAUUACGAAUUAUUGCUACCAUUUAUUCAGUGGUUAGCAUUGAUCAAUGAUGAUCGUCUAUUAAAAUCUAUGUGCGACAAUAUUUUUAAUCAUUUAGCAAAACAAACUCUACUGAAUGAAUCAUUUAUAGUACGGAGAAUAAUUUUGAAAAAAAUGUAUGAAACAAUUUUAAAUAUGAAUGGCUUUUAUUCCUGUACAACACCGAGAAAUAAUGAUUAUCGUGUUAAAAUUUUGGACCAUUACAAACAAAAAUUGGAUGAAUUUGAUGGUAAAACAAGAAACAAAACCAAACGCAAAGUGGUGAUUGGACUGUGUAGAAAGACAAAAAGAACCAAAUAUGAAACAGUAACAAAUACCCCGUUUGUUCGUUCAAUAGUACCAUUGCCAAUGAUGUAAAUCAAUGAAUUCGUGACAAUUCCUCAACAAUUUUGAUGAUAUCAUCUACAGUGGCUGUUCGAUUCUGGCCAUUCAUAUUAUACUAAAUGUAAUGAAAAGAAAAAUGACAAUUUUUCAAUAAUAAAAAAUAAAAAAUAUAUAUUGCCCAUUA